AUGCUUGCGAAAUUCUUAAUUCUUCUUGCAUUUGUGCUUGGCACGGUUUAUGGUCAAACACACAACUGCGAAAAUGGUUAUAAACCAUCAAGUUACAUUGGUAAACGUCGAGUUCCAAUCACUUGUAAUCUUGAACAGUUAGACUGCCCGCCUUCUUGGAAGUCGGGAAUUCCUGAAGGCAGCGAAAAGUCUGCGCCAAUGAUUUACCAGAAGUUUCUAAACUGCCAUGAAGGUUUUACUUCGUGCGGAUACGUCCCGAUCGAUCAAAAAUCUGGUGCGGUCCUUGGGCAAAGUGGCGUUACGAUUGGCGCUGGUAUUGAUCUUGGAAGCAAGUCGAGGGCGUCUUUCGCGUCAUUAUCAAGUACAAUCGUUAACAAACUUGAACCUUACUUUG